UCAUUUGAGUCUGACGCGUGUCCCCCGGCAGUGAAACUGUCUCUUAUUCACACAAGAGAAAAACAGCAAAACAAGACACGCAGAGAUCACAGUGAGACAUCAGACAUGGGCAAAGGCGGCGGUACAUUUGAGAGACUGUUGGAUAAAGCUACCAGUCAGCUGCUGCUGGAGACAGACUGGGAGUCCAUUUUGCAGAUAUGUGACCUCAUUCGCCAAGGAGAUACACAGGCAAAAUAUGCAAUUGGUGCCAUCAAGAAGAAACUCAGUGACAAAAAUCCACACGUAGUAAUUUAUGCUCUUGAGGUUCUGGAGUCAGUGGUGAAGAACUGUGGCCAGACGAUUCACGAUGAAGUGGCCUGUAAGCUGACAAUGGAAGAGCUGAAAGAGCUGUUCAAGAAACAACCUGAACCGAACGUGAAGAACAAGAUCCUUUAUCUCAUCCAGGCCUGGGCCCACGCCUUCCGCAACGAGCCCAAGUACAAAGUCGUUCAGGACACUUAUCAGAUCAUGAAAGUGGAAGGUCAUGUCUUCCCAGAAUUCAAGGAGAGUGAUGCCAUGUUUGCAGCAGAGAGGGCCCCUGAUUGGGUAGAUGCAGAGGAAUGCCACAGAUGUAGGGUUCAGUUUGGAGUAAUGACCCGAAAGCAUCACUGCAGGGCUUGUGGGCAGAUUUUCUGUGGGAAAUGCUCUUCUAAAUGCUCUACCAUUCCUAAGUUUGGCAUUGAGAAGGAGGUGCGUGUGUGUGAGCCCUGCUUUGAGCUUCUCAACAACCACCCCUCCCUUUCUCCCCCUCCUAGGAAAGCUGAAGGGAAGAGCACCAACUCUGGGCAAUCUGAGCUCCCCCCUGAGUACCUGACCAGCCCUCUGUCCCAGCAGUCUCAGGUAGUGCCCACCGAAUCAAUGCCUCCUAAGAGAGACGAGGCGGCGCUCCAGGAGGAAGAGGAGCUGCAGCUGGCCAUCGCUCUGUCUCAGAGUGAAGCUGAGGAGAAGCAGAGGAUGAGACAUAAGAACACAUACACUGCAUAUCCUAAAGCUGAUCCCACCCCUGUGACUUCCUCUGCCCCACCUGUCAGCACUCUCUACACCUCUCCUGUGAACUCAUCAGCUCCAUCUGCUGAGGAAGUGGAUCCAGAGCUGGCUCGUUACCUGAACAGAACUUACUGGGAGAAGAAACAAGAGGAGGCUCGGAAAAGUCCCACCCCCUCCGCUCCUGCCCCCGUGUCACUGCCUGAGCCUGUGCCAAUCAGCCAACCAGUGGAGAGCCACGCCCCAGUCCAACCCAUCAACAUAGUGGAGCAGCAGUAUCAGAAUGGCGAAUCGGAGGACAACCACGAGCAGUUCCUGAAAGCCUUGCAGAAUGCAGUCACCACCUUCCUCAACCGCAUGAAGAGCAACCACAUGCGCGGACGCAGCAUCACCAAUGACAGCGCGGUGCUCUCUCUCUUCCAGUCCAUCAACAACAUGCACCCACAGCUGCUCGAGAUUCUCAACCAGCUGGAUGAGAAGAGACUGUACUACGAGGGACUUCAGGACAAACUGGCGCAGGUGCGUGAUGCUCGAGCGGCUCUGAACGCUCUGAGAGAUGAACACAGAGAGAAACUCCGGAGGGCUGCAGAGGAGGCUGAGAGACAGAGACAAAUGCAGCUCGCUCAGAAACUGGAGAUCAUGAGGCAGAAGAAACAGGAGUACCUGGCGAUGCAGAGACAGCUGGCCAUUCAGCGUCUGCAGGAGCAGGAGAAGGAGAGACAGAUGCGUCUGGAGCAGCAGAAACACACCAUUCAGAUGAGAGCACAGAUGCCUGCAUUCUCUCUGCCUUACGCCCAGAUGCAGUCACUGCCUCAUAAUGUGGCAGGAGGGGUGGUGUAUCCCCCAGCUGGUCCUCCCAGUUACCCAGGCACGUUCAGCCCUGCUGGUUCAGUGGAAGGGUCACCCAUGCAUGGCGUCUAUAUGAACCAGCCUGGACAGACAGGUGCUGGUGGCCCAUACCAGGCCAUGCCUGUGUCAGCUACAGAUCCCAACAUGGUGAACGCUUACAUGUACCAGACUGCAGGCACCAGCGGACAGCCUGCUGCUCCGGGACAAGCCCCUCCCACAACAACCCCUCCCUAUACUAAUUACCAGCCCACACCCACACAGGGAUACCAGAAUGUGGUGUCUCAAGCUCAGAGUUUGCCCCCUAUGUCCCAGGCUGCCCCUACCAAUGGCAUGGCCUAUAUGGGCUACCAGCCAUACAGCAUGCAGAAUAUGAUGACAGCUCUUCCAGGACAAGACCCCAACAUGCCUCCCCAACAGCCGUACCUGCCUGGGCAACAGCCUAUGUACCAGCAGAUGGCUCCCCCUGGUGGUCCACAGCAGCCAUCACAACAGCAGCACCAGCAGGCUCCACCAGGCAGCGCGGAGGCUCAGCUUAUUUCGUUUGACUGAUAGCUCACCAUUUGCCUUUACCCCACACUACAUUCAACCUCCCCCUUCCCCUGUAGUUUCUAAGUGUAUUGCCCUGUACCCUCUACCUGACCUCUCUCUUCACAAUAUUCAACAACUAUUGAAAAUGUAGAAACAUUGUAAAAGCAUUUGGCUGUCUAAGUCCCUUCUCCCUUUUCUUGCCUUUUUACAUAAAGAAGGAGCAGUAACAACUGCAGUAACGUGUCCAUUUCAUAUUUCACCCCAAAAUCAAAAGAAUAAAAUUAGAAAUUGUAUUUUGCAUUAAGAAAAUUAAGCUAUUUGUAUUUAACAAAUAUAUCAUGAGCAGUAAGCACACUUUCCUCAAUUACCGUAAUGCAAAACAAAAAAUAUUGCUCAUAACUAUAGUACAAAAAAAGUACUUCAAUUGCAAACGAUUUACACUGCAAGGUAGCAUUUGUUGUACUGCAUUUAUUUUACUAUUUACAAUUUAACUAAAAUAAUUGUAUUACAGUGUCUGUUACCACAAAAUGAUUGUUUUACAGAAAGGAGUCAUUAUUCAGAAAAAUGGGAAUACAAAUAAACCUAAAAAGCAAAACGUCCAGAUGCAUUGCGGUAGUGAAAAUGUAAUUGUCAUGAAAAUGUCACAAUGCAAAAAUGGUAAUUGUCCUGAAACUAGGCUUCAUUUUCUUUUUGGGGUUAAAUGUGACCCGGAUAUGUUUUCGUAAGAACUGCAAACUCAUUUCCUCUUUCUCUUGAUUUUCACAAAUGUAGUUUUUCAUUAUAAAACAAAGCUGAUGCAAAGUUAGCCAGUCGUAACAGAGUUAAAAACAAUAUUAAUCAAAAAGACAAGACAUAAACAUCCUUUGUCUCAUAUUUUUCUAAGAGAUGUUUGCAUGUGUAAACUUCUUUUCAGAGGUGGCAGUGAGUGACUGUGUAACAGCAGAUAUUGUGCGCUGAUCAAAUGAAGCUGUUUUUUCUUCAGUUUAAAACAACAGAGUUUUUCAGCUCCAAUUGACUCAGAUAUUCUAAAAAUCAGGUCUGAGUCUCCGGUUCUGGUUUCCAUAUGACAAAUCUGUUGAAUGCGAUUAUAGUAAUAUUUCAAAUGAACUGACAUUCUGUGUUUCGCAGUGUUGUGUAAUCCACGCAGAUUUCUGCUGUAGACAGUGCACACAUUGGCUUCUGUCGGAUAAUUAUCAGCCAAUGAGACCGACGUCAACUUUACUGCAACAUCACCAAUCUAAUAAAAUGGAAUGGCUCUGCAUGUGAGUUUGCCAGUCUUUCACUGUCACAUUCUGUUUACAGAAUCACACAAGCAGGGGCUCAAGCCUCUGCUCAGAACUGUUGGCCAACUAUGGGGAAACAAUUGAUCUCAAAGCACAGUUUCAUUACAAAUUAAUUGCAGCUGGAAAUAGAGUGCCGCAUCAAUAUCACAAAAGCCAGUCUAUUUUGAAACAGUGAGUGUUAAAAUUAUUGACUGCCUAUGGUUAUGAAUAUGGAUGGUUAAGAGAGAGAAACCGCUUUUGAAUGAAAGUGACACUGCAUGUUUGUAACAUUGUCUGUAACCCCUUUAAUAUCAUCAUUCUUCCAUCAUACUGAUACACCUAACUUAAAAAAAAAAAAAAAAGAUCAUAUUUAAUAAAUCUCUUGUUCUGUUAAUGGUCAUACAAUGGUGAAAUUGCUUCUUUUUCUUGUCUCUGAAAAUAUGACGUGCAAAAUAAAACAAAAUGUGAAUCUG